AGGUUCUCUUUUUUAUCAACAAAGAUGGUCUAAGUGUGAGUGCUGUCUUGACCGGCUUUGGUUUGAAUUAACGACGACACAUUUCUACAUAAAUGCUGGUUAAGAAGAGACAGUAAUAGCAGCAUGCCCUUGUUGCUGUGCUAUUGUACCUAUGAAAGGACAACAAGAGUUAGGAAAGCGCUGGGAAAAGUGCCAUGAAUUUCGGCUCGGAAAGCAGCAACCAUGGCAGCGACAACGCGUUUCAACGACUUUCGGUUACUCAAAUCUCGCCAAAAGAUUUGGACAAGAACUUCACAACUCUUCAGAAAGUGUUCAAUAGCGUGAAUCCGGCUAAAAAUGCCUGCUUGAGACCUCAACAUGACUCGGUGAGUUUUGGCCAUUUUGAACAGGGUGUUCGCCUCAAUGAGAUUUACACUGAUAUCGGUCGAAAAUUUGGCGAUCGCUCAAAGAUUGUGUUGGCGAGAGAAUGUCUUGUUCGGCUUCAAGCGUCCGCCGAGUUUAUUGGAGAACUGGAGGAAACCUUUGAAAACUACACUUCUUACAUGGAGAACGGGAGGAAAAUUUCACGCGACUUUCCAUUCAAAGUUGAGGGAUUUCAUAACAUUUGCCAAAAGGCUAAGACUCAGUACAUGUACCGUGUAUCGUUGACAAAAAUGGUAUCUACGGACCCUUGGCUUCGAAGUUCUUUGCCUGAUAUGCACGAUGAUUUGUCGAUGGUUUACAAAACGCUUCAUCAACACGCAGAAAGGGCUUUUUCGCUUAUCGGGAAUAUUUUGCUUUGUGUACUGCGAAUUGCUGAAAAAUGCAAAUGGGGUUUGAGUCGGCAAGAGUUAAACUGCGUUUGCCAAGGAAUCGAAGAUUUCAAUCGACUUGUUGAAUACUGUAAAAGCUUUAAAAACGAUGAACAUAAAAUGCUGAGUUUAAGUGAGGAAAGUCGUUUUGCGCUGUCGAACUCUACUCAGGCAAGGUUAGGAGGCUUGUUGUUAUUUCCAGCUGUUUCUACCUCUGCUGAUCAUGUUUGUUUAUUAACCCUGAGCAAACUUUUGACUGGCAUCGCUUUUGCACGCUCGAAAAUAUUGGCCGGGUAUGUUCGUAAAUUUGUAAGCGAACACCAAGAAGUUUCACGAGUACUGAAAUACGACUUCGCUUCUUACUUUGAGUGGAAAGAUUUCGGGGUUGUCUCAAUCGGCGGCAACACGAGAACCGAAGGAGGCGCCCCAAAUGGGGUAUUGUCAGUUUUGGGUCGAAACCAAAUCCCUCUCUUGAAACUUGACCCUGAGUCGCCCUUGUUAAUGUUUGAUUCACAGGAACAGUCAUUUUUUAGUAAUUUGAUAUCAAAACUUGCUACAUCCACCACACUAAUUUUGGGACGGCACAUGAGCAGUGAAAAAAAAUCUGUUGUUCUUCCCCCUCUACAAACCCCUAAGACGAAAGUUGUAACAGCUGCUGGUGGAACUGGGGCUGAUGAGGGAGGGGUGGGUAGUAGUUUGGCAAUGCAUCCAGAAGGACAUGGUAUUCUUAGACAUUCACCUGGACAUGGGUCGCCAAGACUUAACAAGCGUGUACAGUGGAAUGAGCCACUGGAUGUGGAAACCAUGAAGCAGAUACAAUCUCAGUACAGUGCAAUGCUUUGGACCAGUUUUGGAGAAGAAUUAAUAGAUGAAAUUUCAGACAUUCCUGGUUUUACAAGUGUAACAGAAAGUACCCUGGGACCAUUGUUUCUGUGGUCGGACCUCCUUCAGAUGGUUAUUGUGAGGAUGUUGGAGUCUUUGCGGCUUUCUGGUAAGUGCUUUAUCAUCACUUAUUUUUGUGAGACUUAAAUUUCGCAAUUUUCGCAAUUUAAAACAUUUCGUGAAAUUAAAGUCCUGCAAAAAAAAAAAAGAUUGAAAAGGGUGAAAAAUUGACUUCAUUUGAAGAAGCAAAAUUGAGUAACCUUAAUAAAAACCUUUAUUUAAAUUUUCCGUCUGCUAGGAGCAUGUAACUAAAACUGUAGGUCCCAAAACAUUACAGAUAUGUCACACCUUGCAAAAUAUUUCUCUGCCUGUUUCCCAGUUUCAAAUACAUAGAUGUUUUUUGUUCAAUGUAAAAUUCAGUUUGUUUUUAGGUAUAUAUACAGGUGCUCUUAUUUGUUUUGUAAAACUCCCUUAUUAAGUGUGCACUAGUCACACGAAAUGCUUAGGAGACAAUAAAAAAAUUUUACAACUCAAGAAGUUUGCAGAAGAGCUGCUUGCUGGAUUAUCCUUUUAAAAAUGUUCUUAACAGCCCCUUGACAGGCAGUGCGGAAAGCGGCACUUUGCGAAAGGAUGGAGCAAAGUGGGAAUAUCCUAACUUGUUCAAGGGAAGACAACCUUAUCGCAUAAGAUCCAUUUGAAAACAUUGAGGCGAUCCUUAUCUUAAAGCUUAUUGGCAGUGCCAUCAAGCUAAAUAGUGCCUCGAUUGCUUAUGUCAGUGUCCUUUUAAAAGAUGUCAUGUUGCUGACUUUGUUGAAUGUUUCAACCAGUUGCUUGUUGCGUUUCUAUUCCGUUGUAGUUAAAUAAAAUGCAGAAAUGGAAGUUUUAAAAACAAGCGCUAGUGUACUUGGUUCGCAAAAUUUAAUUACCUUGAAAAACGGUGAUUCUUCAAAAUUGCGAAUUUUAAGGCCCGCAAAAUAUUUCUAUUCCAAAUUCACAAAAUUAAAGGCGCUCAAAAAUAAGUGAUAAUAAGGUAUGAGGUAAUAAGGUAUGUCUUACAGUAUAGUGUCUAUUAUUAUAACAAGGCUUAUCUUUUCUGCUUUGAGUACACCACAAUUUUUUUUAAACCUCCCGAUGAUAAGAUUAUUAGGAGUUUUUACAAUAUUUUGAGGUAUUACAGUGUUAGACUGGGGAAGGAAAGUAAUGGUUGGUUGAAUUUAUCAGGAGGCUCAAAAAAAUAUGGGUUUAAGAUAUCUGAAAAUAUACGGUAUAUUCCUAAUAGGAGCAGCUUCAAAUAAAGUCUAUUUUUUACUCUUUUACAUUACCAAAAAUAUUUAACUAAAAGGUGAGAUUGGUUGAGCAAGGCUUUUGGGAAAUAUUAAGAAAAGGAAAUAAAAAGCAAGUAGAAUGCUGACUCAUCUGCCUAAUAUCAGAUUUCUUAAAGAUUUUUUUCAUACCAUUGGAUAUUUGAUCACUUUUUUCCCUUCUAAUUUAAUGUUUUACUUUUAAGUUUAAUCUAAAAAGGUUGUUUUUGUGUUAUAUAUCUUCUAUAUUGUUUUUGCAAUUAUGCUGACUGCUCAGAGAUUCAGUAGAUUUGGUAUAUGGCACAUAUUAAGUAGAUCUAAUAUUAAAACAAAGUAGCAUAAAGAUUUUGCAAUGUUGUUCUGUUGAGGUAAAGUUCUAGCUGCAUAAUAAAACUAUGCAGUGGUCUCAUUCUCCAACAAAGGUUGCAAUGAUUCCUUUCAGAUGAUCUGUAGAAGGACUAAUCGUCUAAGAUCGUUCACAUCCUUUUGUGCAUCAAAGGAACUGUUAAAUCCCAAAGAUUCAUCAGAACCUUUGAUGCGCCCUGAUCUGAGUGAUCUUCCAACAUACCAUAAAUCCUAAUCUGGAUCAUCUCAGAGGAAUGCAACCGAAAUCUUAGUCGACAAAAAGUCAAUAAAAGCUUUCACAAUAUGCAGCAUCACAGUUUGUUAAUAAUAUUGUAGUGAUUGUAAAGCUCAUAACUAAUAUUGUGACGAUCUAAAACACACAAUAUUGUGUGUUUUAGUGGUUUGGAACCUACUGACCAAUUUGAAUGGUUUGGAUGUAUAGUGAUUGUGUAGAGCUAUAUAUGACCAUAUAUAUAGCAAACCCUAAUCCAUGUGUGUUUGUAAUGAUGCCAGCAAAGCAAAAACAAUUACCCAUGAAUUUUCUUGUGUUCCUUUGUGUAAUUUUUUUUGCAGCUUUAUCCGUAAAAAUAGCAAAUAAUGCACUAUUUGUUUUUGUGGCAAAGUUAAAGCACUUCAUGAAAUAAAAGUCAAAGAAGUAAUGGAUUAAGACAGAAAAUAGCACAAUGAUCAUCUGUCUGUGUAGAUGCAAUGUUGCUGUGACGGAAAAAUGGCACCCAACAAAUAUAUAAGUUGCAUCCAUCUUGAACAAAAAGAAAUAGUACUGAUGCUCAAUGGAGCCAUCUUAUUGUCUGGACUGGUAAUCUCUCAUUACUGUUCUUAAUUCUAGCAGAUGGAACAUUCUGGGGACUCUGCAUUAUCAUCAUUCACAAAUUGCUGUUUAUUUAGUGAUGUUUUGUCUUUCAAUUUAACCCUUGGUUCAAAUUAUUUGCUUUAUGCUCAAGACAAUAUAUUAUCAUGUGCCCAAACACAAAGGAAAACAAAGGUUGAAGUAAGGUAAAAUGGAAGCCUGUGUAUAUGAACUUGUCUGUGUGGGGGUGGAGGGAGUCGGGGGGGGGCGGGGGGGGAGAUCUGUAGAGGUGAAUGGUAUUACAUUUUGAAUAGAAUGCCUUCAACAACCUUUUGCAAAGUUAGUCAACCCAUAUCUCUGGCACAAAAUCCUGGGAGACCUUGUUUAUUCCAUCACUUUUACAUCCUUAUUAAAUACGUUCAUAUCAAUUUUGUGUGAAACAUUAAUGCCAUAAAUUUUUGUUUGUGUGCACCACGCAAAGUGCACUUGAAACGUUUCUCAUUUUCACAUUUUGAAUGUACAUUUACAGCUGCCUCUUUGUCAUCACAAAAUAUAUAAAAAGCUAUGAGAUGUGAAGACCACCUCUUUUAUUGUACAAUUUGUUAGAAAUAUCAAUAGCAAAAAUGUUUAAGUUAAAGAAUUUUUACCAUAAACAGCUCAGUUCCUCCAAUGUUCAGUUGUUUCUAUUCUAAGAGCAAUUUUUAUCAUCUAUUUUUCCCUUUGGUGGUCAUUUAAAGAGUGCUUUUUAAAACAGAAUUAUAGGCGUGUUGCAUAGGGUUCAUUUUGCAGUCAGUCUAUUAUUUGCUUAAGAAAACAGGAGAAUUCAUUUGAAUGAUAGAAAAAAAUAUUACGAAUGGCCAGUUCCACAGAAUGUUUUCCUUUAUCAAUUUUGCACUGUGUACUCUUAUCAUGUACGAUAUGAUGCAUUACAUAUAAGAAGGAAACCUAGCAGGUGAAUAUUCUUUAUGUGAAAUUCUGAUGUCUUUUUAAUAAUAUUGUAAACCUGGAAUGGCUACUGUUUUUAUUUAUCAUUUUCUAGGAUACAUUUUUCCCACAAAACAAGGCCUCAAGGAAUCAUUUACUAGUAAAGUUAAUAUUCUUUCGCUUCUCUGAUUAAUCCCCUGAGGCCAGGUCAGGUGAAAAUUAUGCAAGGAAACCCAUUUUGAACUAUCUGAUCUUGAGGUUGUGCUUUUUGUAAAAAAACAACAGAAAACAAUGUUUUUAACAAAGCAUGCAAGUAUGUGGAAAAUUAAUGUCAAUUGUAUUUCUCUACACAUAUUUAAUGUCGCAACAUUUUUAUUGGUGAAAUGGGUGUGAAUUUAUCUUUGUCAUUUAAUAUGCAAUUGAUUAAAAACCAAGGAACUAAACAUGAUUAAUGGGGACUUAGAGAUAUGAAAGCAUUUCUGUUAAUUUCCAUUUGUUUUGUGAAGCUAAAUGGUAAUUUCAUUUAAUGACAAACUACCAUUUUCUGACUGCACUGAAGUUUUAAAUAAAAAAAAAAUCUGAUUUGAAUAAUAUUCAAAAUAGUUAAACAGUUGUAACCAUUUUGUUCUUCAUUUUGAUUAUUUCUUUCUUGAAGAAAAAACAUUGAAAGGGAUCUUAGUUAAGACUUGACCCAGUGGAAGAGUAGUUAUAUUUAAGGUAUAAUAGGUUAUGUUUACCCCACUUGGCAGAAGUACAUAUAGUUUUUCUUUGCCUGAUGUUGUGUUCUCUUUAGUAAAUAGAGACCUUUAGAUUCAAGGAUGAGAAUGACUACAAGUAUGAAUUUUGACAUAAAGUUUUUUUCACAUAUAUUCUCAUAAAAAAAAGCACCCCAGAAAGCUCCAUUGUACUCUUUUUCAUGAAAGAAAUUAGCACAGUUACCUUUAUUGAAGGAAGUUCGUCCUAAAUAUUUGUCAGUCACUAAUUACACCUUAUCUAACUUACUGUCUUAUCUCUUGGGGCAACGUGUAAAACUUUCCUUGACCAAAUUCUUGUCCUUCAAAAUCGCGCACUGCAUUUAAUAUAUUUAGUUGAAACAAACGACCACGUAAUACCUUUUUUUGUCAAUGCAAAAAUUCUUCCUUUACAGUCUCUAUAUUAUGAAUCCGUUUGUAGUCUUGUGUAUGAUGUAAAUAAAAACAUUGCUCUGGAUAAUAUUUUGAAACUCUUCUCUCGAAUUUCUAGUGUUCAUACUUACAGUACACGUGCCUCAACCUCUGAACAUUUUUAUACUAAAGAAUCUUGACUCAAUGUCAAACACAUGCUUUCUCGCAUGUUGGGGUGAGAAUUUGGAAUGGGAUACCUCAAAUUCUUAAAGAAAGACCGAAAAAAGCUUUUAAAAGAGCACUAAAAGCAACACUUCUCGGUAUCCUUCAAACUGAAGACUCCUAUAUUGAUGUAGAUACAAUUAAAGUGAAAAUGAAAAAGCAAUUCUCUUGUCCUUUAUUUUCAUUUUAUUCUAUUUUUAAAAUUCACUCCAAUAUUUUUCUUGUAUUUGAGUAAAAUAGUAUGUAUCUACUGUAAAAUAUAUUUACUUGUGUAACGUUUAAUUUCUUUGUAUUUAUCGAGUUUGUAGUAAAUUAUGUAGCCUGGCCUGCCUCAAAUAGCCUUGCUAACUGCAGGCCAGUCCCAAUGUAUUUUUGUAAUAUAUUUCCAAAUUUAAAUAAAGUUGAAGUUGAAGUUGAAACUCAUAGUAGAAUCACAAUCACCAAAAUGACACUGGUUCAUGCAAAUGCACUACCUAGUAUUGAGAAAAUCUUGUACUCGAUUUCGUAGUUGUACUCGUCUUGUACUCGAUUUGGUAGUUGUACUCGUCUUAAAAUCUAAAGGUCUCUAGUACACAACAACAACAACAACUCAUUGUACCCAAAGCAAGAUAUUACAAUUAUUUCACAAGAUAUUAGAUGAAAAUAAUUAAUUAAAUAAGAGGGUACUGACUUCCUGAAUAACUAAAAAUUUAAAAAAGGCCAGGAAGCCAGAUAUUUCAGGUACAUAAUUUAAAUAAGUUUAUCAUGGAAGUAAAAAAUUAUCAUUGACAGAGUGGAAACACUCAAACUAGGACACUGUGAAGAAAGUUAUCCAGUUAUAAGGUUUUUCUUUUAAAUAAUAGAAUCUGAAGGUUUUUUUAACGGGCAGUAUUUUAACAAUGUAAUGGCUAAAAGUUUGACCUUGCUGAUCCUUUUAAAAACAGGUUGUUUUAAUCUUUGGUCGGAGUUGAUCCUUAAUUUUGUGAAAGUGCAUGCAGGUUUUGACUAAAAACAGAAAUGGUGUAUUUGACUUGCUUAGCUAAUUGGCUCUUGAAAGACCUUCCACUUGCCUCAUUUGGCUCACGAUCUCAGUUAUAGCAGAGCAAAUGUAAUGAAUUUAUCUAGUAUAUCCAACUCAUGUAAGUUUAGCAGUUAAGUGUUGGUAGCGAGUGACCAAGGCAUGUUAUAAUAUUAUUAUAUAACAACGUCAUGUUAACUUAAAUAUACAUGGUAAUGGUAAUGUUAUGUAAUGUUGCAGAUUAGAGGACAACUGAAAAUUUUUUCAGCACUGUAAGCUCAACAUCAGCAUAGAAGGGCACCACUGGCUGCCAUUUUCAGUUUAUGAUCUCAUAUGCACAUACAAACAUCUGUUCAUUAAUAUUUGGAAAGGUCAGAAAUAAAAGGCAGCACUAGGCUGAUGUGGAAUUUUACAAAGAUUCAUGAUUACUCAAAUAAUUAAUAGUAAAUAGUUAAGAAUAUGUACAUAUUCACAAAGUACUUGUAUAUCCAUAACAUUUAAAGUUAGAAAAAAAUAAACGUAGUGAGAAUGCUUACCCUGUCUAACUCCUUUUGAGAUGCUGAGGUAAAAGUCUUUGUAUGUACACGGCCUUGUCCAGUAACAUCCAAUAUAAAAGAGUCUCCUUUUUUAAAUGUUUGUUUAUCCUUUUAUUAAAUUCAUCAACAAUAGAUGAGCUUAGGGAAGGUGACUGGGAAGAUGUUGGAACGACAAGCACAAGAGCCGAGCGUGUGGGGUAACCAUGACAACCCUGUGAGCAGCAACCACCAGGCACUGUCACACUGAAAAAACAGUGGAACAAUGAUACUUACCUCAUGCUUACCACAGAGAGGGAGGGAGGGCAGGAAGUGAAGUCGCUGGGCACACAAUGAAACAGGCAAAGAGCAUGAGUUGAUCUCAACAGCCAAGCUGUAAAACCACACAAGCCCCUGCAGCCCCCCCCCCCCCCCCCCCCCCCCCCCCCCCCCCCCCCCCCCCACAACACCCAACAAAGGUGGCGGACCGAAACAGAAGAGCAGACACAGACACAACACACCAAACCAAACCACAACCCCCCGCCUCCUGUCUCAAAAAAAAAAAAAAAAAAAAAAAUGUCUAGCACGACUACACCAAUCUGUCUACACAUUUUUUUUUUUAGUAUAGCAGGUCCCCCCCGGUGCAACACUCUCUCCCCACACCCAGCCCCUCCCGCCUUCGGCGGGCGACAAAAAAAAAAAGGACAAGGAGGUAGCGUUGCCCCAAACCCCCCAGCGAAAAACACCCCCCCCCCCCCAGCCCCCCCCCCCCCCCCCCGCCUCCACCAACCACUCUGCAUAACCACAACAGGGGAAGGUUGCUGACCAGCAUUGUUUUGCAUUUAAGUUAGCUUUAAUUACAAUUAACCACAUAAAACAAGACAGUUAAUGUCUCUGCUCCUUUAUGAUGCAUGUUAAAAGUGAGGUGACUUAAUUAUAAAACAAAUAAUAUAAGUUGACGAUAAUGGGGGAGCACUGCCUUGCGCUAGGUUAGCCUGUGUGACUUCUGGCAAUGGCAUGGCCAAAGAACCUCACUUAUCUCCCCAGCAUUACAAGCUGAAUGCAAUACAGCACGUGCUGGAUCGGACAAGAGUAUCGCUUUGCAGGUGAUAUUAAAUGGCAAUGCGGCCAACAAGCUUGGGGGAAGUCUCUGGGCAGACUUAACCGCACUGCGAGGAGUGUCCCUAGUUUAUUUGAUGGCAUAGCACAAAACAAAGCCCAAACCUCGUCUCCAAAGGGAGGGAGGGAGGGAGGGAGGGAAAAAGUUUUACAAGAAUAGUAUACUGAGCGCUUAAACCUUGCUGAACACUGGAACCCAAGUGAACUCUGAACAGUUGUUCUAGGCUUUUAUAGGUAGACCAAUGUCUGCUGGCAUAGCCAGUAGAAAAGGCUGUACUACAAGACAGCUCAGCAUUGCAUGUGCAAACUCUUAGCCACGAAUAGUGCUUUGAGAAUAUUGUCCAACGCUGGGGCUUGUACUAGUCUGCUUAAGACAAUAAGGCCAUAAAGUUCUACACUAGAAUACAGUGCAUCUUAGAGCUUGCUGACCUUGACAACCUGACUACACAAUUGCUUUGUUGAAAAAGAACCACCAUGAAUGGGUUACUGAUAACUAGCAUCCCGUUCCAUUAACUACAUUUUACUGGUGUGACAGUAAAAUUGCUUUUAUACAGUAAUGGUGAAAAAUUAUGCUUUUGUGUCAUAACCAAACAAUCCUAGGUGGGAAAAUUUCUUGUAACAAGACAAAUUACACGACAGCUUUUUACCAAGACAUAAAUUUAUUACUCAUUGAAGUAACUGCCUUAAUGGUUGGACUCAAAACGCCUUAUGACUGGUACUCUAGGCCUCUACAACUACUGGUGAUAUUAGAGCUCUGUAAUUUAGCUUGAUAUAUGUUUUAUUUCCAAAUACAGUCCAUGAUGUGAUGCUGUAUUAGUUUGGGAACUGUUUCUUCCAAUUUUCAUCAUAUUUAUGUGCUUAUCUAUGCAUAAUUUAUAAAAAUAUUAAUUAAGACAAGAGCCAAUUCACUUGAAAGCAUCACAUAACCUACAUUGGCACAGCAGAAUAUUAACAAGCUAAAGAAAUCUAUUUAAAAACAUUAUUGUUGCAAAGUGUAUUAAAAAGUAAAUUUUUGUUUACAGGCUGUUUACCACCUGCUGGCGCAAGUUCUCUACAAGCUGUCAGCUGUUACAUUCACUGUCUGGCCUCAGCAUCAAACUGGGAUUCAGGUAACAAAGAGUUAUGUGAAAAUACUACUAAUAGUAACUGCAAUGUUUUCUGCCUCACCGAUUAUAUUGGUCCAAGGUCAGGGUAAGUGUUACGAGCCAUAGGUGAAGACUAAGGCUGAUAGCACUUACCCAGACCUUGAUUAUUCUGGAUAACAGAAAUGCGUCAUGUAAUUGUUGUUUUAUUAUACACGGUCAUGGAGAAAAUAAUGACAAACACACUGUCUCAUGGAACAAACUUUGUCAUUGCUCUUGGAGAUCAUGCACUUGGCGCCAGCACACAACUAAUUAAUCAUCUUUAUAGGUUGCGCCGAUUUCCAAACUUAACUGCUCUUACUGCUGUAGCUAGUGAGAAUACACAUAGUUGGUAUAAUGUUUGGUAACAUUUGAAGAUAUUAAUAUUCUCAUGUAAUUGGCUUUUAAGCAUUAAAGAGUUACUUUACAACACUUGGUUAAAUAUAAAAAAUGCAAAAGAAUGGCAGCCAAAGUUGCAUGUUUGUUGAAGAAUGUCAACACAGAGUGUUAAAAAAAAAGCCAGCUAAAAGAGGUCUGAAGCCAAAGCAAAUAAGCCCAACUGGUUAUUGUAGAAUAUGUGGCUCUCCAUUAGAUUAUUUGAAAUUAUUCUGGAUGAUAAUCCUACCCCUGCCUAACAGUUUUUUUGUUCAGCGCUUUACAGUAAAACCCUGUCAACUAUUUAUAUUAGUAAUGAAAGUUCAAAUUGAUUAUUUUUAAUAUAGAGUUCAUUUAUUUAUUGGUUUCAAUAUCACGUUCUUCAGUUGAAGAAUUGGAAAUUCAAAUUGAGGCUUGAUAUGUGGUGUUAGGGAAUCUGUUGUUUAACCAGAACACACUACAUCACUUGCACAUGAGACACACACAGGGUUCACACAGUCUUGAAAAGUCCUUGAAUUUUCUUCAACUUUGAAUGUAGUAGCUUGGAAAGUGUUCUUUGCUUUUUGGUUGUCCAAGACAGAAUAUGAAUCAUAACUCAGAGAAUUUAACGGUUAUUAAGUUUACCCAAAGUACUCAAUGUUUUAUGCAGUAAUCAACAAUUUAAGACAAGUGAACUGAAAAAUAUAGAGAGGUUGGUGAAGCAAACAGUUAAAGCCUAAAGGCUUUAUUAUAAUAGUCUGGGGAUGUGCAUUUUUGUACAAUCUGUGAUAUUAUAUUCCUAAUAGGUGGUCCUUGAAAAUCUAAUGUGGUCCUUGAAAAGUCCUUGAAAAUGGUUGCAAUUUUUUGUAUGUACGCUGACCCCCUUAAGUUAUCCCAUAACCAUAAGGUGAUAUGAACCAUCACAAUAAUUAAUGCUUGCUUAUUUCGAGCAAACUCGAACUAAAUAAUUAUUGUUUUCUAAGCGACACUAGUCACUUUUUGCUGAAGAGUCAUUGGUGCAUUCUGAUGAUUUGCCAUCAGUAGUACCUGGCUGAAGUAUAAAACAUUGUUGGGGACAUACAAUGUUCCCAGCUUAACUUUGUGAGGAAAAAAGAGUGUGGACACAGAUUUUUAUUUUGGAUGCAAAGUCAGGUCAUUUUCCUAGUUUAGCCUGCCCUUAAGUGGGAACUAAAUUGUGUAAACUUAAUGAACUCCACAAUUUUGUCUUCAGCUUUUUGCAGUCUUCUUGUGACAGCAGGGACUGACAGAUGCCGUAUGGAUGGUGACCAGCUUACAGAUGGAGUUCCAGCCACACGGACAGUGUGUGCCAUGAUCAGGCUUCUUGAUCCCCUGGACAGUAUUUUAGAAAUGACAAGUUAUUGGAAACGUUCUUCCAACCAGCCAGAUCCUUUGUCCAGCAGAGUUCCAAGAGUAUUAGCACUAUCACUUACACCAAGCCUUUGUCGCCUGCAUGCCCUGCUAUCUUUCACUUUGAACUGGCUUGACACAAAGAUGCACCAGUUUUUAACCUCUUGGUCUUUGGAACAGUUUUUGUUGCUUGUGCAAUGGGACCUGCCAAUUAUUUUAGAGUUAUUCAAGAAGACUUUUAGCUUCAUUCAAUUAUUGUGUGUUGUUCAUGAUCACAACAAUAACUGGAAUUCCCUCUCCUUGCACUAUCAUCGUUUACAAGAGCAGAAAAGCAAGUUGGAGGUUUGUGUGUUGGUUUUAAUGACUAAAAUAAAAUUAAAUACUUAUUAUGUACCAGUGUCAACAGCUAGUGUUAUAUAAUCCACAAUUAAUGAUUGUUUUUUAACAGACUACAUUUAUAUUAGAUCUUUGGGUCCUUUUGUCUUUCAAUUGAAAACAAUAGCAAAAUAUGUUUAUUACUACGUUAACUAAUUGGUGCUCAUUGGCCAGAUUCCAGACAAAUCUGCAGGAUCAAUAUGGAAUUGUUGGGGCUAAAUCGCAGACGUCUGUCCUGUGAGAGUGAGAGUCUUUCCCUGUAGCUGUGAGGAGCACGGAGAGACUGCUGUAUUUGCAGGCUACCAUUUUGCUUACCGUGUAAGGUGUAUAAUGGCUCUGAGGUAGUACCCUGCAUGACCAGCUAUGUUUGUUACAAGAGGAACACGAGCUGGAAGCCCCCCUUUUUCCUACAUCAUCUGCCGAAACUUAAGAUGGUGUUAUCAUCUUUUAGGGACUGGUAAAAAAGUUUUGGAUGCUGUUUUCAAACAAUUUGACAAAGAUGUCAAGUGGGUUCUUUCAAGAGGCCAUGCCAGUUGGAAAGAGCUGGAAAAAGAGCCGACAUUCAGGUACACUAAAUUCUUUAAUGUGAAUUUCUCUUUAAAGUGCUCUUCAGUUUGCCUCAGUGUACAAUUAAUUGGUUUAUCAAUAAUGUACAUUCAGAAUAUAUCUGGACUUUGCAUAGACUCUGACUAGUAUGGUUAUAAUCUUUAAAUAAUCCAAAGUUGUUAUUUUAAUAGCUUGAUCAGAGAAUAAGCUAAUAAGUGUGUAAUAUGGAGCGAGAACUGUGAAAGAACAUUCGCCUAUUGAAACCAUUAUACUCAACCUUAUUUUGUUAAACAUUAUAGGUGUUCCAUAUCAGCGUAGCACAUAUGUAGAGUAUGCCAUUCGUCAGAUUUUGGAACCAGUUGUGGAAAGCACAGAAGGAUUUCCACUGGAUGGUAGGCUGAAUGUGCUGACACUUACUGUGAAUAGCAUGAUGGAGUCAUGGAGUGAUUGGAUACUCAAGCAGGAGAUUGUUUUCAGGUGACUUAGAGAUGGGUUGCCUUUGGUUUCAUCUAUUUGAAUUAUUAAUUUUAUUUUGCCUGCUUUUAACAUAGACAGCAAUAUGCAUUCUGUUUUAAUUCAUGAACAUUCCUUUGAAAACUACAACAUGUGUACAUUUGUACAUUAGAUUUUGUUUGCUGCCAAUUACAGAAGUGUUGUAAACACUAAUCUGGGACCCAUUUUGUGUUAUGACUGAAAAGCUAAAUAGGAGAAGAGGCAGUGAAAUAAAAAACUCUCAAGCAGUAGUUAUCCCAUAUAAAAGGGUAGUUGAUGCUGUUCACAAAAUUGAAAGGAUUCCAAUCUGAGCUGGCUCUGGCAUUGUGAUCACCCCUACAUGGUGGUGUAUAGUGAUUUUAAUUAUGGUGAAGUACAGUAAGUGAAGGCUUUCUCUCUUUCUUUUUCUUUUAUUUCUUUGAGUGUAAUCAAAGCAAUACCCUCAUGGGUCGAAAAAAAAUGUUCGAUUUUUAACCCCCUAGUUGACACCAAAUAAAAAAAUAAAAUAAUUAUAAUAUAUAGUACAGUAUUAAAGCUCAGAAUUUAUGAAGUCCUUAUUGGGUGAUUCCAGAAAAUAUCCAUACCCUACCACGGGUGGUAUGAGUAUUUUAACCCCCCCUUGCCCUCGGAAAUUCCAAAAUGCUUAUCCCCCCCUUGCCCUCCGAAUUCCAAAAUCGCUAACCCCCCCUCUCCUCCGGAAUUUUCCACUUUUGUUUCAGACCCUUUGGAAUUCCUGUUCGUCCGCCUAAAUCUUCAAACGAACGAGAAACUUGCACUUUUUCCUUCUGCAAAAGAAUUCUGUUCACAAUUUUUAGUCAGACGAUCAAGCAACUCAAGUUUGUUAACGUUAGUACACCGUAGCUAUUCCUUCUAAGCAUUAUCUUUUAGCUGCUUACCACCUAAUAGAACUUUUUUUUUUCCAUUCAAUACCGUCAUAUUUUCAGGAGUAGACCGUAUUGAUACCAGUGGACGCAGACAAGAGUAAAGUUUACGAUCGAUAUUCGAUAUUAUAAUUUUUUGAGGUAAACCUCUCCCCGACUCUUCCAGUUCUAUUGGCAAAUAUACGUCCGUUUAAGGAUAUCAGCUCCUGGAAUAAAUAGUUAUUUCGAGGAAAAAUAACUAUUUAGAACCGAAUGAUCAAAACACUUGCGCAUAAACAGUUUUGAAUUAAACAGCGCAUCAAAAGGCACGCUGUCGGAUUUUACUACCUACAUGUUGGCGUGAAAAUCGGCGUGAAAUACAAAAUCUGUCAGGCGUCUAUUUGGAAACGAGAGACUGGUGCGAGUUUUCAGCACGCAACAACACAUCGUCGAUCGACAAUCGGCGAGAAACACGGUUAGUGGUUCAUGUAUCAGAAACACCGACUUGGUUAUAUUUUUAUUAAUCAGUUGACUAAUUCGUCAACUUUAAGGCCUCUUCGAUGUGGAGCUUGCUGCACAACCCAUCUGCUUACCCAUCUGCAUGAACGCAUACUUCUUCCGUGGUCGGUUCGUGCUUCAUUUGCAAACUGGGAAUGUUAACAGGUCAGCGAUUUCAAGCGGAGCUUUCGCCGUCUUUCCUCUGGAAAUUCACUGAAUUCAGAGCUGAAACACCCCCCCAUGCCUUUGGAAUUCCAAACUGGGUUACCCCCCCACGUCUUCGGAAUUCCAGUCCAAGAAACCCCCCCCUCUCCCUCGGAAUUCCAAGAUGCCGCCCGUGGUAUGGUAUGGAUAUUUUCUGGAAUCACCCAUUAUCCAGAAGCUUUAAAAAGUUUGAAGCAUUUGAUGGUUGAUACUUUUGCUCUUCUAAUCUAAUGGCCAGGCCCCAGUUGUUCAAACAUUGGAUAGCGCUAUCCACCGGAUAAAAAUCUGUUCAGUGGAUAACGUAAUUGGUUUCCCAAAUACUUAUCCACUGGAUAGUGAUUUAUCCGGUGGAUAGCGAUAUCCAACGUUUGAACAACCAGGGCCAGACGCAAGAAUGAGGAAAACUAAGUCUUUUACUUUGCAGUUUAUGUUUUUUUUUUGUACCUUGACUUGACUGGGUGUUUUAAUGAAUCACUGGUGUAAAUACAAGUUGUUCCUGCUCCUAAACGAGUAUGGGUACCCAAGAUUUUAUUCCAAAAUAAUUUAAGUUUGUACAACCCAAAAAAGCAGUACACAAUGUUUGACAAAAAUCUCAGUGCAGGUUCUAUUUCAGAGGAAUGACCUUAAUGCAUUCAUUUUUAAAGUAAACACUUGAUGUUCUUAGCUCCAACUCACUUUCCUAGCCCUAUCAAUAUUACACAUCUUAGUUUGGUAUUUUUUUAAAAUCUCAACAGCUUUUAUGGUGCCCAGCAGCUAAGCCUAGAUUUUGGUUAUGUCAAAGUUUGGAUAGCCUCAGACUCGAGUAACCUCUCAUCUGAGAUCCAGUCACACCUCUUGAACUUGGAUGUUUUUCGGCAUUUGGAUGGUGCUAUCAGGUUAUUGAUGCUGCAGCCAAGGAAAAAGAAACAAUCUCCAAACAGCUCUGAUGAUCCAGAACUUGAGUCAAACGUCAGCACUAUGAGUAGCAGUUCUGUGUUGUCAUCAUUAUCUGGUGUGGAUAUUGAUGCAUAUGACAUUGAUGUCCUGAAUGACAAGACAAUUCCCAACAGUCAAAAGUGGCUGGAUCUGCGUCUACGUGGAGGCAAAUCAAAGAAGGGCUUGCUUCCAUUCUGCCUUAAGGUGCAAGAAAUGAAGUGAUAUUUAGUCAUUGAUGUAGUUAGUCAGAAUUAUUCUGAACCAUGAUUAUUGUUUGGCUUAAUCUUAGCAUGGCAAUGUGAGGAGGAAAAUAUGAUCCUGUUAACCUGCAUUGAGCAUGGCUUGACUGAUGACUAAUGAUUCAUAAUUGUUGUAUUUGACAGCUCAUCAUACUAAUAAUUUUGGUCAAAAAUUAAGUUCCUCUAAGUAAUUUCUUGUUAAUGUGCAU